AUGCUCCUCUGCCGCCGCCGCCGCCACCGAGAGUCCCCGAGACGCCCGGGCGGGGACACCGACACCGACACCAACGCGCAGGCGCGGAGGACCGGGGACCGACACCCGCAGCGACCCCUGCCGGACCGGAGGAGGCGGCGCAGCCCGAACGCCCCGCCCCGCAGCGGCCCCUGCCGGCGGAGAGGAGGCGGCGCAGACCGUACGCUCCGCCCCGCAGCGGCCCCUGCCGGCGGAGAGGAGGGGGUGCAGCCCGACGAGAGGAGGUGGCACAGCCCGACGGGAGGAGGCGGUGCAGCCGGGACACUCCGCCCCGCAGCGGCCCCUGCCGGCGGGGAGGAGGCGGCGCAGCCCGUACGCUCCGCCCCGCAGCGGCCCCUGCCGGCGGAGAGGAGGGGGUGCAGCCCGACGGGAGGAGGCGGUGCAGCCCGACGCUCCGCCCCGCAGCGGCCCCUGCCGGACGGGAGAAGGCGGCGCAGCCCGACGCUCCGCCCCGCAGCGGCCCCUGCCGGCGGAGAGGAGGCGGCGCAACGGACGCUGCAGUUCCUGCCGGCGGGGAGGAGGCGGUGCAGCCCGACGCCCCGCCCUGCAGCGGCCCCUGCUGGACGGGAGGAGGCGGCGCAGCCCGACCCUCCGCCCCGCAGCGGCCCCUGCCGGCGGAGAGGAGGCGGCGCAGACGGACGCUCCGCCCCGCAGCGUCCCCUGCCGGACGGGAAGAGGCGGCGCAGCCAGAAGCUCCCUCCCGCAGCGGCCCCUGCCGGCGGAAAGGAGGCGGCGCAGACGGACGCUCCUCCCCGCAGCGGCCCCUGCCGGCGGAGAGGAAGCGGCGCAGACGGACGCUCCGCCCCGCAGCGGCCCCUGCCGGCGGAGAGGAGGCGGUGCAGCCCGACGCUCCGCCCCGCAGCGGCCCCUGCCGGCGAAAAGGAGGCGGCGCAGACGGACGCUCUGCCCCGCAGCGGCCCCUGCCGGUGGAGAGGAGGCGGUGCAGUCUGA